AGCUACAGCGACACAAGAUGGCAGCCACCACAGGCUCGGGAGUAAAAGUCCCUCGAAAUUUCCGACUGUUGGAAGAACUGGAAGAAGGCCAGAAAGGAGUAGGAGAUGGCACAGUUAGCUGGGGUCUAGAAGAUGACGAAGACAUGACACUUACAAGAUGGACAGGGAUGAUUAUUGGGCCUCCAAGAGUAAGCGUCGAGCUACGGCUAUAACUGUCACUGUCUUAAAUUCACUGCCUCCUUUUAAAACACUGGUAGCCUUGUCACGGAAAAAGCUCACCAAUGGUAUAUUUUCUGAAAUGUGGCUAUUCUUUUUUUGACCAGUUUCAAUUUAUAUAUGUGAACCUCCUCUGAUGCGGUUUAAUCCCUCUCUAUGACAAUUUAUGAAAACCGAAUAUACAGCCUUAAAAUAGAAUGUGGACCCAAAUACCCAGAAGCACCCCCCUUUGUAAGAUUUGUAACAAAAAUUAACAUGAAUGGCGUCAAUAGUUCUAAUGGCGUGGUGGACCCAAGAGCCACAUCAGUGCUGGCCAAGUGGCAGAAUUCCCACAGCAUCAAGGUCAUCCUGCAAGAGCUUCGGCGCCUAAUGAUGUUGAAAGAGAACGUGAAGCUGCCGCAGCCCCCGGAAGGACAGUGUUAUAGCAAUUAAUUGCCAGGAGCCCGGCCUCCCUCCCCCAUCCAAUCUAAAUCUUCAUUUUCCACAGUAGUACAUUUUCUAGAUACAUCUUGUAGACCUCAAAGUACUGGAGUGGAAGCUCCUGCUCCAAGGCAGUCAUCUUAAGAUACUGUACGUGAUACUAAUUUUUUUUUGUCCAUUUGAAAUAUCUAAGUUGUGCAACAUAACAGACCAUCCCAUCAAGUGUAACCACUGUCCACGUAGGUGAACUCUGGGAUCACGAAGGUGUAUUGAAAUCGGUUCCCAUCAGGAGUGGUGGGGCACAGCUAAUGCAACUGUGAACAGACACGUCACACAAUCACCUGCUGCUGACACGCCUGGGUCUGCCUUCACCCUCUGCCAUAGCCGUGCGUGGUGGCCCUUUAGAGUAGAUGGGAAGGCUUCAGGUAGCAGCCCGUUGGACUACUGCUGGGUUUCGGGGUGCUUUGCCUGUACCCCUGCUUUCUUAAGUCUUAAAGUGACACCCCUCACAAGCCAUCGUCCUAUCCCCAUCCACCCCAGCUGUGGCCGAAGCAGAUUGUAACCCUUCACUCCCUCUGAAAUUGGCCUUCAGUGAGGGAUUCAGGGCUUCCCGUCUCUUCCCCCCACCUUUAUCGGGGUGCUGCUUUCUCCCUCCUCCACACCCUUGUUCCCCAUCACCACCGGAUACUUCCACAACACGUGCUGUGGCCAGAAGCCAUCAGAUGAGGUUGCAAGAGCCUGGCCUCACUUAGCUCCGGAACCACACUUGUUCUCACGCCACCAGCCUGGAAAGUGAGUGCCCGGUCCUCGGCCCUGCGGUCAUCAGCCAACGUGCUUUGAGCUCAGGUCUCCAUGUGAACACAGCAGUCACAGAGUGACUCAGACCUGCCGGCGCUCAGAGUCCUUGGUUACACCUGGAGAGAGGCCUCAGACACGCUAAGCACACACGGGUCAGAGUCAGUUCCUUUUCCUGUAAUUGAUUUGCUUUUAAACAAGAAGGUUUGAAGAGGGCUCUCGUGGUCACCCUGGCCAUCCAUCGGGUCUAGUGUGGAACCUGACAUCUGGGAACAAGAGGCCCUGACCCAGGUGGACUCUGGGUUCGGUGCUGCUGCUCCUCAGCCCCUCGGCAGGGACUCAGAUUUGUGGGCCUGGCCUCCUGGCACGCUGCCCCAUCUCCCACUUUUCUGUUCAGGACCACUAAAUGCUGAAAUGUGGAUGCGUACUGAAAUAAAGGCAAUUCAUUGUGUUCCGAAAGGGUUGUUUUGUUAGCAUUUGUGUAAAAUCAUCUGUUGAAGUGUCACGUCGGAAAAGCAGUUGAUGUUUGUGCUCACUCUCUGGGGCAAACUUAGUUCUAUGGGUUUACCAUCCUAUAAGUCAAGUCUAACUGUUCAUGAGCAGCCUUUUCCUGUCAGACCAUUGCCUGAUUCACUGUAAUAAACAAAUGUACGUUACUCUCA